AUGCCAGCACAAGGAGACGACAGUGGGCCAAACGGGCGUGCACAAGCAAACGGACCAAAACAGAAGGCGGAUGUCGCUCGAACGGGGGGCUCCUUCCCUCUCAACAUCGACAACGAACGACCGACGACGACGACGACGCCUGCCGCCCGCCAAUCCUCGACAACGGGCAGUUUUGUCGCCGCACCGCCAACAAGUUUCUCGACAACUUGCGACGAGCGACAAACGACAGACGACACACACGACGGGCCCACGACUAUACGACCGACGACAGACGACCCGACGACAACACACGGCCAACAAAGACGACAACAAACGACGACAACAUCGUCGGCAACAGGGCAGGCAACAACACCCAUUCUCAACGACUACAGCUUCAAGAACAGCAAGACAAACAUCACGCACGACUAA